AUGUUCCUCACCUUUACGCAGGGUUUUUAUUGUGCCGCCACCGACAGAACCCUACAUAGUUCAUGUAGGAUUAGCGUGGAAAAAAUCCCGCAAAAAGGUAAAAUAGAUCGCCGGCUAAUCAAAUUAAUUUCAACAAUCAAAUUAAUUUGGCAAAACAUUUUGGAUCGUCACAAGGGGAUUAAAGGAUGGGGGAAUCCAAUGUUAGAACUGCAAUCAUUUCUUACAUUUCAAAUGUUCACACAUCAUCAGAUUGAUGGACCGAUUACAAAUGUGCAGAAUGAUUAUACGUUGUGGAAUGAAGGAAGGGUCUCGCCUUUCGGCAGACAUCCGAAUUUUGAAUCAACUGGCGAAGCUCUCCAAAUUCAUGCACCAAAUGAUUCAUUGUUGGACAGGGUAAGCCUUCAGAGAGCUGUUUCACAAUUUCUCAAUCUUUUUUUAGACAAACAAUGGACUUUAAGUCGUUGGAAUGCUGGAUUAAACAAAAAUUUACAAACUUACAUUGAUACAUCAUUGAAUGGCGAUAAAUUAGAUGUCAAUACGUUAAUCCAGUUGCAAAGAAGGCGCGAAAUGGUGAAAUAUGCUGUUAAUGAUUGUUUAGCAGUUAGUCGUAUAUCAUCUGAAAUUUCAAAAUUAUCACAGCAACAUAAACAACAACAACAUCAAUCCGCUUCAUCACCUCAUCCUCAACAAAUAGCUUCAUCACUACCAAUAUCGUCUCCACCAUCAUCAGAACAACAGCCGUCCUCAACUCCUUUACCUUCUACAAUAGAACCUACGUCUACCGUGCUCAUUUCACCAUCAUCACAACCUGCAAUUUUAGUAACAACCACAUCUUCAUUAGCUAAUCAACGUACGUCCAAAUAUUGGCGGAAUAGAAAGACCGAUAUAAGAUGA